AUGGCUUCUGCUAUGUUUCUUAGUCUUAUGUUUCUGUUGCCAACAAUGUUGCUUGAAGCAAAGGAGUAUGAUGUUGGUGGCAAAGAUGGUUGGGUCCUGAAACCUUCUGAUUACUACAGUCGCUGGGCUCAAUCAAAUAGGUUUCAAAUCAAUGACACUCUCUAUUUCAAGUACAAUAAAGCGAAUGAUUCGGUUCUUGUGGUGAAAAAGGAGAACUAUGAUUCUUGCAACACCAAUAAUCCAAAACAAAAGAUGGACGAUGGGGAUUCAAGAUUUAAGCUCAGUGAUUCUGGUCUCUAUUAUUUCAUUAGUGGCAAUGUUGAAAAUUGCAAACAUGGUGAAAAAGUUAUUGUUUUAGUCAUGGCUAGACACAAACACCACCCUCUUCCCACCACUGCACCUGCACCGUCUCAGCCGCCAGCAAGUGCCUUGUCGCCUCCUCAGAUUCACUCGUCUACUUUGGAUACUCCGGCGCCGUCUCCGUCUAAAGCAAGUUUUGUUGGUGUGAGUGUGGGAUUUAGGGUUAUGGUUUGGAUUGUUUUGGUGUUUAGUACUAGCUAUGCAGGGUUUGUUUAUUAG